UAAUCCAACAUCUCCUUACGGAUCCCAUUACCCAAUCACAAGAAAUUAAUUGCUCCUAUCAAAUCGCAAGUCAUCAGCUUCAACAGUAACAAAACCAGCCAUGGCCGAUAAUUCAGAUCACCGAAUCAAGAUCAACCCCCUCAUGCCUCCUGCGAAGCAAGAGCGCAUUCACAUCUGGCGCACCGAAGUCGCUUCAGCCCUACACCUCCCCACGGCCCCGUCCCUAUCAUCAUCACUAUCGUCUUCAUCCGCCGCCACUCCAGACCCCGACCCAGAUACUUCGUUUGCUACACCUCCAUCACCUGCUGGUUCCAAGCCGCGAAGCUUGUGGAAGCGCAUUAGCUGGCGCUUUGGGCCCAAGAGACGCACUGCUGUCAAUAUGGCUGCUGCUGCCGCCGAGCUUCCCCCAGAUGGCCGUACCGCUAUGUACCGCGGACUUGAGAACAGGGUGGCUCGGGGAGAGGACGCGAGGGAUGAAGAAGGCGGCAUUCUGGAGAGGGAUAGUGAGGAAGGAAAUGGCUUGAAGGAGAAGCAAGAGAGGUUGGCUCGGGCAGCCAGGUUACUCAACCGUCGCACCGAGGAACGGUGACAGCGUCGCUAAUGGACUGACGCAUCAGCAGUCGCUACCAAGGAAUGCGUCUGUCCCGUUUGCUUACGAACGGCCCGGUGCCAGCAAUACUUCUUAAUACGCAGCCGGGGCCAUGCCGACAUGUGUCAUGAUAUAGCAUUUAUUCUUCAUUAAUCAAUGUCCUUAACAGACCAUUCCACGCACCUAGACUAGCAUGCACAUGUAAACC